CAGCUUCCACCGCCCUCCGCGCGCCCUUGCCUGGCCCUGCUUUGCCUCCCGGGACCGCCAGUGGCCCGCCUCCAAAAGUUUGAUCAUCUCUCCCCCGCUCCCCCCACUGCCUUUUCUUCCUUUUCGCUGGGAGCAGAAAAAGAGCGAGGCAGGGGCGAGCGCCGCGCCGGGACUCCUGGGACCAUGGGCCUGGCGCCGGCGCCCGCAGGGCCCCAGUCGCGCUGCCUGCCUGCUCUGGCGCCCCUGGGCGCUGGGCUGCGUUGGGGGCACUGGGGUCGCGCGUUCUGAGCCGGCCUGGCGCGGUGGGGCGGGGGGCUGGCGGCCCCAUGGGCCGCGCCCACACUUGCCCCCCGGGCUCGGGAGCAUGAAGUAGGGGCCGGCCAUGGGAGCGGGAUCGGCGCGGGGGGCCCGAGGCACAGCUGCAGCGGCGGCGCGCGGGAGGGGGUUUCUCUUCACCUGGAUCUUGGUCUCGUUUGCCUGUCACCUGGCCUCCACCCAAGGAGCUCCUGAAGAUGUGGAUGUCCUCCAGCAGCUGGGCCUCAGUUGGACAAGGGCAGCGAGCGGCCGGAACCCUGCACCCCCGGGAGUCAUCCCGUUCCAUUCAGGCUUCAUCUUUACGCAGCGGGCCCGGCUCCAGGCCCCCACAGCCACUGUCAUUCCCGCCGCCCUGGGCACAGAGCUGGCCCUGGUGCUGAGCCUCUGCUCCCACCGGGUGAACCAUGCGUUCCUCUUUGCUGUCCGCAGCCGGAAGCACAAGCUGCAGCUGGGCCUGCAGUUCCUCCCCGGCAAGACGGUUGUCCACCUGGGGCCCAGGUACUCUGUGGCCUUUGACCUCGACGUGCAUGACGGGCGCUGGCACCACCUGGCCCUCGAGCUGCGCGGCCGCACCGUCACCUUGGUGACGGCCUGCGGGCAGCACCGCGUGUCCCUCCCGCUGCCUUUCCGCAGGGACCCAGCAUUUGACCCCCAGGGCUCCUUCCUCUUCGGCAAGAUGAGCCCACGUGCAGUCCAGUUCGAAGGUGCCCUGUGCCAGUUCAGCAUCUACCCAGUGGCGCAGGUCGCUCACAAUUACUGCACCCAAGUGAGAAAGCAGUGUGGACAGGCUGACACAUACCGGUCCCAGCUGGGGCCCCUCCUCCCCCCAGACUCUGGCCCCCCCUUCGCCCUGCUAGGCCUGGAGAACCUGACUACUGCCACAGAAGCUCUGGGGUCACGACCAGCAGGCCCGGCGCCCAGGGUGACUGUGGUGACUGCUCCACCCGCCAAGCCCCUGAGGACUCGAACCCUUGACCCUCAGCAGUGGGUCGCAGCGGGAGCCCCAGUCCAGACCCCACCGUCCCCUCCCAAACUGUCCUCCAAGAAAGUACUUCCUCCUGCAUCCCCAGCCUCUCAUGCCAGCUCCACCAGGCCUGUCCAGUCACUUCAGAAAAGCACAGCUACCCAAAUCCCCAAGAGUCACCCCGACAAGUCUUCGGCCCCUUCUCCUUCAACCGUGCCUGUCAGAAGCCCCCGUCUCCCACAAAAGGCAGCUUCGUCUGCCUUCACAAAGUCAGCCCCACCCACCAAGAAGCCAGUGCCACCCCCUUCCCACCCAGUUCCAGCCAAAGCCUCCCGUCCCCCAAGGGAGCCCCCCCUGAGGAACUCUGUAACACCCAGACCUCCCCGACCCAGCUCCCAGUCCCUACCUCGCACCACCGGCUCCUCAAAGAAGCUCCUUCCCGCGGUGGUCCAGCCUGUGGCUAAGACGAGCAGUGGUGCCAGUGAGCCGGCCCCUGCCCAUGCCAGCACGCACAGACCUCCCCAGGCCACUGCGUUGCCCCCAUCACUUGCCCCUGGUCCUGCCUCCUCCCGGACCAUCGGGCCACCAGCCUCAGUGAUGUCUCCGACCUCAGUGCCUUCGACCCUGGCUCCGGGUUCAGUCCCCACUGGAAGCAAGAAACCCACUGGAUCGGAAGCUGCAAAGAAAGAGCGACCCAACAGCGGCCCUGGGAAGCCUAGCCCACUCAGGCCUGGGAAGGCCGCCAGGGAUGGGCCACGGAACCAUCUGACCCCUGGGCCCAGCCCCCGACAGCUGCCGCUUCGCCAGCAGACCACCCCCGCCCCAGCCGUGACCCCAGCACGCUUGCUGGCCUCCAGCCCCCGGCCCACAAGCAGUGGCUACCCGCUGCGGACCUUGGAAAGAAAUGGCAGCAUUUUUCCACUGCAUGGAGAACAGGCAGGGUCUCGGCUCGGGGCAGAGGGGCCGGCGGUGCCUGCGAACAAAGGUCCCCCUGGACUGCCUGGGCUUCCUGGACCCCCUGGUUCAAGAGGGCCUCGGGGUCCUCCUGGCCCUUACGGAAAUCCAGGUCUCCCAGGCCUUUCUGGAGCCAAAGGACAGAAGGGGGACCCGGGGCUCUCACCAGGAAAAGCCCACGAUGGGGCAAAGGGUGAUGUGGGCUUGCCCGGGCUCGUUGGGAAUCCAGGACCUCUUGGACGAAAGGGACACAAGGGUUAUCCUGGACCUGCGGGGCACCCCGGAGAACAGGGGCAGCCAGGACCUGAGGGCAGCCCAGGGGCCAAAGGUUACCCUGGCAGGCAGGGGUUACCGGGACCAGUAGGAGAACCUGGCCCCAAAGGCAGUCGGGGCUACAUUGGCCUCCCAGGGCUCUUCGGGCUGCCAGGGGCCGACGGAGAACGAGGUCUGCCUGGUGUUCCUGGGAAGAGGGGCAAGAUGGGUAGGCCGGGAUUUCCCGGAGACUUUGGGGAAAGAGGCCCCCCUGGGCUGGAUGGAAACCCCGGAGAACUUGGCCUGCCAGGGCCCCCCGGAGUCCCCGGCCUCAUUGGUGACAUGGGAGCAUUGGGCCCAAUUGGCUACCCAGGACCCAAGGGCAUGAAGGGACUGAUGGGGAACGUGGGGGAGCCCGGACUGAAAGGUGAUAAGGGUGAACAAGGGGUUGCAGGUGUGUCAGGAGAUCCCGGAUUCCAAGGAGAUAAGGGGAGCCAGGGAUUGCCAGGGUUCCCAGGAGCACGGGGAAAGCCAGGGCCACUGGGCAGAGUUGGAGACAAAGGAUCCCUGGGGUUUCCCGGGCCCCCUGGACCUGAGGGAUUCCCUGGUGACAUUGGCCCCCCAGGGGAGAACGGCCCAGAAGGUGUGAAGGGUAAGCCUGGAUCUCGAGGCCUGCCAGGACCCCCCGGGCAGCUGGGGCCCGAGGGAGAUGAGGGACCCAUGGGACCACCAGGGACCCCCGGCGUAGAGGGGGAGCCAGGGGAUCCCGGAUGGCCAGGGCCCAUGGGCGAGCAGGGACUCUUGGGAUUCAUUGGUCUAGUCGGGGAGCCAGGAAUCAUGGGAGAAAAGGGUGACCGGGGCAUGAUGGGCCCCCCAGGCGCGCCUGGACCCAAGGGGUCAAUGGGCCAUCCUGGCAUUCCAGGUGGUGUUGGUGACCCAGGAGAUCCUGGACCGCCGGGUCCUCCAGGAUCUCGCGGCCCACCAGGCAUGAGGGGAGCAAAAGGACGCUGGGGCCCCCGAGGACCAGACGGACCAGCUGGGGAGCAGGGGUCCAAGGGCCUGAAGGGCCCCACAGGACCGCAGGGCAGACCGGGCCAGCCUGGGCAGCAGGGUGCGGCUGGUGAGCGAGGGCACGCAGGCCCACGAGGCUUUCCCGGCAUCCCUGGCCCGUCAGGGCCCCCAGGCACCAAGGGUCUCCCAGGAGAACCGGGCCCUCAGGGACCACAGGGGCCCAUUGGCCCUCCAGGGGAGAUAGGACCUAAGGGACCUCCCGGUGCAGUGGGAGAACUGGGCCUUCCUGGAGAAGCUGGGAUGAAGGGUGACCUUGGGCCGCUGGGCAACACUGGAGAGCAGGGCCUCACUGGGCAGCGGGGAGAACCAGGCCUCGAGGGUGACAGUGGCCCUGCUGGGCCUGAUGGACUGAAGGGGGACAGGGGUGACCACGGGCCUGAUGGUGAACGUGGCGAGAAGGGCCAGGAGGGGCUGAUGGGUGAAGAUGGACCCCCGGGGCUCCCUGGCAUCACUGGUGUCCGGGGUCCUGAAGGAAAACCAGGGAAGCAAGGCGAGAAGGGCCGGACUGGAGCCAAGGGUGCCAAGGGCUACCAAGGACAGCUGGGUGAGAUGGGCACCCCUGGAGACCCCGGACCCCCUGGUACCCCAGGCCCUAAAGGGUCCCGGGGCAGCCUGGGACCAACGGGUGCUCCGGGACGGAUGGGGCCCCAAGGAGAACCCGGACUGGCUGGUUACAACGGACACAAAGGCGUUGCGGGGCCCCUUGGACCUCCUGGACCAAAAGGUGAAAAGGGGGAGCAGGGUGAGGAUGGCCAGGCCGAAGGGCCCCCGGGACCCCCUGGAGAUCGGGGUCCAGUGGGGGAUCGAGGAGACCGUGGGGAACCAGGGGACCCAGGCUACCCUGGACAGGAGGGCGUACAAGGCCUCCGUGGAAAUCCGGGCCAGCAGGGCCGGCCUGGGCAUCCGGGACCCCGGGGGCGGCCGGGACCCAAAGGAUCCAAGGGAGACCAGGGACCUAAGGGAAAGCAAGGCCAGGCCGGGGCACCAGGACGGAGGGGCAUCCAGGGCCUGCAGGGGCUUCCGGGGCCCCGGGGCGUGGUGGGGAGACAGGGCUCUGAGGGUGUCGCUGGACCAGAUGGGCUUCCUGGCAGGGACGGCCGAGCAGGACAGCAGGGGGAGCAGGGAGAUGAUGGGAUCCCUGGCCCCAUGGGCCCUGCUGGGAAGAGAGGAAACCCAGGUGUGGCUGGCUUGCCUGGAGCACAGGGGCCCCCAGGAUUCAAGGGUGAAAGUGGGUUAACUGGGCAGCUGGGUCCUCCUGGCAAGCGAGGGACAGAAGGCGGAAUGGGGCUUCCUGGGGACCAGGGGGAGCCUGGAUCCAAGGGCCAGCCGGGUGACUCUGGCCAGAUGGGCUUCCCAGGAAUGGCUGGCCUCUUCGGACCCAAGGGGCCCCCUGGAGACCUCGGCUUCAAAGGCAUCCGGGGCCCUCGGGGUCCUCCGGGCUUGACGGGAAAGGAAGGCAUCAAAGGGCCCCUUGGAAUCCUGGGACCUUCGGGACGCCCGGGUCCAAAGGGCGACAAAGGCAGCCGCGGGGACUUGGGAUUGCAAGGUCCCAAGGGUCCUCCUGGCCCCAGGGGGCGGCCCGGCCCACCGGGUCCUCCCGGAAGCCCCAUCCACUUUCAACAAGAUGGCCUUGGGGCAGCUUUCCAGACGUGGAUGGACAGUAAUGGAGCUCUGAGAGCAGAGGGCUACAGCCAUCCGGACCGGCUGGUGCUGGACCAGGGAGGGGAGAUCUUUAAAACCUUACACUACCUCAGCAAUCUCAUCCAGAGCAUUAAGACGCCCCUGGGCACCAAAGAGAAUCCUGCCCGGGUCUGUCGGGACCUCAUGGACUGUGAGCAGAAGAUGGUGGAUGGUACCUACUGGGUGGAUCCAAACCUCGGCUGCUCGUCCGACACCAUCGAAGUCUCCUGCAACUUCACACAUGGUGGACAGACGUGCCUGAAACCCAUCACGUCCUCAAAGGUCGAGUUUGCUGUCAGCAGGGUCCAGAUGAACUUCCUGCACCUGCUAAGUUCUGAGGUGACUCAGCACAUCACCAUCCACUGCCUUAACGUGACCGUGUGGCAGGAGGGCACUGGCCAGACCCCAUCCAAGCAGGCUGUGCGCUUUCGGGCCUGGAACGGACAGAUCUUUGAAGCUGGGGGUCAGUUCCAGCCCGAGGUACCCAUGGAUGGCUGCAAGGUCCAGGAUGGCCGCUGGCAUCAGACACUCUUCACCUUCCGGACCCAGGACCCCCAGCAGCUGCCCAUUGUCAGCGUGGACAACCUUCCUCCUGCCUCAUCAGGGAAGCAGUACCGCCUGGAAGUUGGACCUGCGUGCUUCCUCUGACCUCUGACCUCCUGGUUCCUCUAGGCCUCGCGGGGGAGGGAGAGCAAGGGGGGUAGGCACAGGAAGGGACCUAGUGGCAGGUGGGCCCCGAGAGGCCUUGAGCAGGCCCCCGCUGUUGUCUGCCUGGUAGAAGUGGUUGGGGGUAGCUGGGAAAGGGGUGUCCUUGGGAACAACUGCUCCCAGCUCAGCCCUAAAGACCAACCAAAGAGCCAGCUCGAGCAAGCUGGACCUGCAACCCACAGGAGCUGCAGACUCUCUCCCAGCUCUGCACCCAGCCCCUUCCCACCCCAGCUUUCCGCCCAAAGAGCCCCACCUUCAAGCCGGCUGGAGGGAAGGGGGCAGCUCGUCCCUGGGCCCUGCCAGGGAAUUUUGAUGUGCAAUAUUAGAGAGGAGACAUGAAAAAAAAAGGAGAAAAGGAAAGAAAGAAGGAUAUAUAUUUUAUUUAAACAAACACAAAGAAGGUGGGUUACUAUUUUUUUCACCUGGGUAAGAGGUGAGAGGGUGAGAGUGAGCAGCCAGGAGGUGGGAAGUGAUAGAUAGAUGUCCAGGGGGAGCAGCAUGAUCCAGGGGGGCUGGGGUGACCUCGUUUGCUACCUCCCACUGUGAAAUCUCUGGUGCUCGCAAUUUUCUCGUCAUGUAUGUGAAAUUUUUUAAGGAAACAAAAAACCUAUUUAAGAUUCUGAAGGUGCUACCAUUUUUGCCACAGACUUUGGAUACAUGUUGAUGUAGGGAUCUCAUCCACAUUUUCUCUCUCCUCCAAAUGGCAAAGUUUGGGGGGCAGUUUUCACAUUUUCCUAGCAUCUCCCUUGUGUUCAUCAGAUAAUCCCUUCAGGAGGGGGUAGGGGAAAUUGAGGAAAGAAGCCGCCAAAAUGAAACAUCUAGCAGAAACAGAAGUCAUUUGCCUUUGGCUUUGAAUGAUUUGUCCUCUUUCCUCUUAAGGCAAAGGGGCCAGUGGAGGGGCCCUGAGCUCGAAGGGUUUUGACUUGACCUUUCACAUUCUGGAGGGAAUGUAGGCUUGUCUUGGAGGGCGCAAUCCAGAUCGCAGGGACCUGGGAGAAGCCUUGACCUUGAAGACAACCUAAGAGCCACAUUGGGUAGGACUGACUUUGGGGCUGGAACAUGUAUAUGGGGCAAGAGCUUGUCCUCCCAGGAUGCAAUCGUCAUUCUCCCUUUUGCCCUGUUGCUGAACUCGAUAGGAACCCAACACCGUUAGCUCCAAGUAGAAAUGUAGGCUGAGAACAAAGAAAUAUUGGGGGGCCCUCAGAGUUCGGCAUGAUUGGGGAUGUUCAGUGUACCCUGAAUUUUACUCUUAUCAGUGAACCAGUCGGCACCCAGGUAGGAUUUCGAGGUUAUUUUAACUAUGGAAUUAUUUUUAUAGAAGGGGAAAUUUUAUGUGAAAGUCUAUUGUGUCUUUUUUUUUUUUUCCUUCUAAAGUUGUGUCUCUUUGGGAAUUGGCUUUGACUUUCAUUAUUUAAUACCUCACUCUGGCCCACCCUCUUAGGCCCUCUCCCUCUAUCCCUGGCUCCCCUGCCCCCGUCUGAGAUCCCCCACAAAAGUGCAUUGUCGUCGCCCCUCUGGCCACACCUCAGUGCUAUGCCGCCAGUCUCCACCUGGCCUACGUCUCAUCCUUGGAUUUUUCUGCUGUUCUCGUCCAUGUCUCUGUCCACAUGUCGGUGUGCUAAACCCCCAGUGGGUUCCGUUUCUCCUUGUCCCUUCUGGAUUUUAAAUAAAUAUUUAAAACUGAG